CCCUCUGUGCAUGUGUGAUGCAAAUGAUUCGAGCCAACAGCCAGUCAAGCGCCGGAGAUUGAUGUUUACUGUUGCUGCUGCUGUUGUCAUUGUCAUCCCGGAAAAACACCUUCUAUUAGCGAAAUGUCCAUGCUGCGUCUUUUCACUGGACGAGACCUUAUACGGUGAUAUCCAUCAGUGUUUGUGGAGCUGUAAUAGAUCAUGAUGGGUGCGCUGGGGAACGGUCGACGCGGAGGUCGCUCUCCAUCUUUGCUGGUGGCCGCACUAAUCGCCUGCAUCCUCCUGCUCGGAUUCAACUAUUGGGUCUCAAACUCCAGAAACAUCAAGCUGCAGAGUAAGCUAUUGGAGAUGGAGGGUCACAUGAGGCUGUUGGCUGCAGACAGAGACAGAGAGCAGCAGAGCAAGAUAAAGGCAGAGGAGGAGACACGCAGGCAAAACCAACAGCUGGAUUUAAUAGAGAACACAUACCAUGCACAGCAAGAGGGUGCACUCAAUGCAUGGAAACAGGAAAAGGAGAAUCUAAAACUCAACAUUUCCAUCAGUACUAAAACAGUGCAGGGCAUGAAGAAUCAUAUGAAGUCAUUAAUGGAGGAUCUAAGUAAGAUGCAGAGUGAGCUGAAGUCCUGUAAAAGUAACUUUGACAUCCUCAAUAAAAAAGCCACCAAAGACCUGACUCAGUGCGACAAACAAAUUGUGGCCAUGCAAGAGGAAUGCAGUCAGAAAAUUGCAGCUGCCAGACUGGAAAAUCCAAAAAAGCCUGAAAAGGAACAUCUUCCUGAAACUCCACAGAAUCCUACUGGCUCAAAGACACAGAAAGCCUCCGAUUCAAAAGCCAAAUCUGUGGUUCUUCCCACAAACCAUGCGAAUAAAAGUGCUGGAGAACCAUCAAACAUUAAGUCCAACGUGAAUUCACAUCCCAAAAACGAUGCUCGGCUCCAAAACAAUGAGACUGUAGUGGGGAAAGACAAGAAAGAUGCUGUGAUUUUAAAAAAAUCUCCCAUGCCUAUCUCCAAACCAACCAUUAAGAAUGAGACUGUCAACAAACCAGCCAAUGAAGAAGUUUUAAAUGCGGUGAAAGACAUUAAAGGAGAAUCCUUAAAGGCAGCAGGUGGGGAAGAGGAUGCAGAUACUCUGCUGGAUCAAGCAGGAAUUUUGGAAACCAAGGAAGAUGACAUUGGAUUUGGAAUUGGGGACGGGAAUGAGGGAGACGCUGGAAUAGCAGUGAGGAGGGAGGAAGACGGCAGAAUUGGGGAGGGGAAAGAUGAAGACGCCAUUAUGUAUGACAACGAGGGCGAGAUAGAGAAACAGCUCUCUAAGAUUAAAGAUGAAAAUCCAGGUGGCGGACAGGAUAUGGAGGAUGAUUUUGCUAAUUAUAACGGUGAUAACAAUAACCAGCCGGAGUCUGAGGAUGACAAACAAGCCGAGCUCGUAGGGAUGUAACAAACACACACCUGCUCACAUGAUGUGCCUGCUGAAACCUGUCAGAUACCCUCUGGGAGAAGAAGCUUGCUGUAAUGAUCAUUUUGUGCUGGGUAAAUAUUGCACUUCUGGGUAGUGACGGAUUUGCACCACACAGAAUUCAUCUCAACAGAAACUCAUUCAUACAUCUUACCAAGAUAGCCAAACAUUUUCACUAGUACUGAUUUUAGAUUUAACUUGAAUGUAAUGACUAUCAAGCCUUUAAAUGAAUGCACGGUGGGGAAUGUUAUAUAAAAAAAAGAAGCUUAGCUCUUGUAUAUAAACAGCAUUGCAGAAGCUAUUCUAUUACUAAAUCUGACUACUUAAGCUUCCGCUUGCUUUUAUCUUCUGUCUUUAUGAUUUAUGUUUUGUUUAAAUGAAACUGGAUUAUCAGCUGAAAAACGCAUAGGGAUAUUAGACCGUUACGUUCAGAGUACAUUCAAAUAACAGGACAAUCUAGUCUUAUAUUUACUGUAAAAAGUUGGCUUUGUUGAUUUAAGGAUUGUAUUUUUUUUCUUUUUGAACUGGAGUAUUUUUAAGAUAAAGGAUUUCGUAUUGAAUUUGUGAUUUCAUAAUAAAAAAUUCAGUUGCA